UUACUCUCGUAAGAAGACAACCCCUUUACAAGAAUAAGACCACUUUCUUUUCUGACAUUAUCUGCUUUUUUGGACGAAAAAAAAAAUACUUCAAAGAAUUUUGGAAACCUUUAUUUGCUUGGGACAGUUUUAGUUUUCUACAUUCAGCAUUAGAUAUGAAAUAUUCUGUACAUUUAAUUUUACUUCUUCAGUUCCUACAGAUGGUAUGGGGUUCCACAGAUUCAGUGGAUGAAACACACGCCAGAGUGAGGCGAGGUGGACUGAGCAUGCUCAGACUUGGGCGCGGACUUCAAAUGUUACGAUUGGGGAAGCGGGGGAUGCCGAUGCUUAGAUUAGGUCGUUCUAAUGGACUGAGUGACUCAGACGAAGAGGACUUUAUGUACCCCGAGGAAACAGAAUUAGUGGACGGACGAAGACAGGUUCCUCUGCCAAGAUAUGGCAAAGAUCUGCAGCAGCAACUGGAACUCAAUGACUUGUUAAAGAGUAUGUUUAUGGAUACUAACGGUGUCAGGAUUAUUCGCCCCGCUGGUCGUCCAGGACGUUUCAGGAGAUCGCUGAAACAGGACGAUAGCGCAGAAAAAGAUAGUCAAGAAAGAACCAUACCACAGCCCCGCAUUGGUCGCUUGCUUCCGUCAAAGUUUGAUGGAUAUUAUUUAACCGAUUCUGAAGUAUUUACUGAUAAACGAGGAAUGCCCAUGUUACGACUUGGUCGCGGUAUGCCCAUGCUUCGUUUAGGCAAAAGGCUUCAAGGUGAUGAAUCAAAACGAGGCAUGCCAAUGUUAAGGCUUGGAAAACGCACAAAUUUUCAGGAAGAUUCUGCAUCACAGCAAGAUUCACAGACAAAUCAAAAUAAGCGAGGAAUGCCCAUGCUUCGUUUAGGAAGAAAUCUAAACUAAAUUUAAAGAAAACUUUAAUGAUAAACCAAAAAUAUCUCAACUCUUUGCAAGCAAACAAACGGUUCUAACAUUCCGAAAACUGUACAAGCAAACAAAACGGGGUUAUCUAUUUUUAGUACGAUGUGUGUAAAGAUGUUUAUUUUUUCAGUUUUAACUUAAUGUUAAAAUAAUCAAUGAUUUAUUAAAUUACUGUCGCAAUUA